UAUAUAUAUAUGGUAUAGCCGUGCUGGAGGGGAGAGGGUAGUCUUUCCUUGCGGUUUCAGUCUCAACUGUAAAAGUGAAGUGCGAGUUUUUGAGAAGUGUGUAUAAAUUUUUCAGGAGAAUUUGAAAUUUGAGGAAUGGAGAGCGGCGGCGGUGGAGUUGGAGGCGGAGAAAGUCGCCGGGAGUUGCUGGGAGAUGCGGCGGAGAUCGAUGGGGAACGACGGUCGUGGAGACUGAACAUCAAUGAGUUCCGGAUACCGGAAAAAGGCUCCGAUAAUCGUCCUCACCAGCCUUCCUAUCUUCAACGCCUACUUCGCAAUAAGAGAAAACAACGAAAAGUUGCUGAGUAUUACAAGAACCAGGAAAGGCUCCUGGAAGGAUUCACUGCAAUGGAGGCUAUUCAUGAAUCUGGUUGCGUACCAGAUGCACUAACUGAGGAUGAAAUGAAAGAGCUCGCCAGGAGCGAGAGAAUGGCUGUCAAUAUGUCAAACGCAGCUAAUCUGAUCCUUUUCGCCGCAAAACUGUACGCAUCUGUCGAGAGCAGAUCUCUGGCUGUGAUUGCAUCGACAAUGGAUUCUUUCCUCGACCUCUUGUCUGGACUGAUACUCUGGUUCACUUCUCAUGCCAUGAGGAAUCCAAAUCAGUAUCACUACCCGAUCGGAAAGAAACGAAUGCAACCUGUGGGAAUCAUCGUUUUUGCAUCUGUAAUGGCAACUCUAGGAUUGCAGAUAAUACUCGAAUCCGUCCGCCAAUUCAUCACACAGUCUGGUCCUAAAAUGAACCGCGACGAGGAGAGGUGGAUGAUUGGGAUAAUGGUAUCCGUGACCGCAGUGAAAUUCCUACUCAUGAUGUAUUGCCGCAGAUUCAAGAAUGAAAUCGUCCAAGCCUACGCCCAGGACCAUUUCUUCGAUGUCAUCACCAACUCCAUCGGAUUAGCCACGGCUGUUCUAGCAGUCCGGUACAGCUGGUGGAUCGAUCCCACCGGCGCCAUAAUCAUUGCGCUAUACACAAUCAACACGUGGGCUAAAACUGUGGUCGAAAAUGUUCGAUCCCUCAUAGGCAGAACAGCUCCUCCGGAUUUCCUCACGAAACUCACGUACCUAAUAUGGAACCACGACGAGGAAAUCCGGCACAUCGACACCGUCAGAGCGUACACUUUUGGGUCACAUUACUUUGCCGAGGUCGACAUUGUGUUGCCUGAGGAUAUGCCGCUGAACAAAGCCCAUAAUAUCGGCGAGACGCUGCAAGAAAAGCUGGAGCAGCUCCCGGAGGUGGAGCGAGCCUUUGUUCAUAUCGACUUCGAAUUCACGCACAGACCUGAGCACUAUAGCAAGAAAUGAGUGUGAUGUUCUUAUGGCAAUCGUGGGGCUGGGCACAAUCAAAUCUUAUCCGUUGAAUAGCAAAUGACCACAUCAUCUGCUGCUCAUUUUAUUUUAUUUUAUUUUAUUACUAAUUUCUUUCAAGAAAAGUAAACCAACUAUGACCAACAACAGCCCCAGCCAGCCAGCCACUCUUCUCUUCCUCGUGUCUCUCCUACACACACACACAGACAGAGAAAUAGCAAAAUCAAAUCCUGGCCACGCCCGAAAUUCCCCCUUCCACAAAAUCAAAAACCCCCCUUUUUCCAUCAUCAAUA